AACGGGCCUGACUGAACUCUAUUGGAUAUCUCGGUGAGUUUCUUCCUUUGCUCGAGGCCAAGGCGCGUGAAUGCUGUGAUCUACGUAGCAUUGUUUUUUUCGAUAAGAUAGAUACAUAUAAUUUUGGGAAUGCUUAGAGAUAGAGAUGGGAAAAGAGAGGAGCAUUGUGGUGCUAGCGGAUUCGCAGGCGGAGAUGAAGAAGAAAGCGGGGAGUUGUCGGAGCUGGAUUUUAAUGGACGCGGAGGGGAAGAGCACGGUGUUGGAUGUGGAUAAGUACGCUAUCAUGGACAGAGUUCAGAUUCAUGCUCGCGAUCUUCGCAUUCUCGAUCCUCUCUUGUCUUACCCUUCCACCAUUCUCACCCGUGAAAAAGCUAUCGUCCUCAAUUUGGAGCACAUAAAGGCGAUUAUUACACCUGAGGAGGUAUUGCUUCGAGAUCCAUUGGAUGAUAAUGUUAUACCUGUUGUUGAGGAACUACAAAGGCGAUUGCCCUUUAUAAAUUCCAUUCGUGAAGGCCAAGAAGAUGGAAAUGAGUUGGGUGACCAACAAGAUGUUGAAGCUGGCGAAGAAGAGGAAUCUCCAUUUGAAUUUCGAGCAUUGGAGGUAGCUUUGGAAGCCAUUUGCAGCUUUUUUGAUGCUCGUACAACAGAGCUGGAGACUGCUGCUUAUCCAGCUUUAGAUGAACUCACUUCUAAGAUUAGUACCCGUAACUUGGAUCAGGUUCGUAAAUUGAAGAGUGCAAUGACAAGCUUAACUGCUAGGGUUCAAAAGGUGAGAGAUGAGCUUGAACAAUUGCUGGACGAUGAUGAUGAUAUGGCUGAUCUUUACUUGUCAAGAAAAUUGGCAGGCCCAUCUUCGCCUGUUAGUGGCUUGGGUGCUGCCAAUUCGUGUCCUGCUUCACCUACCAUAGGUUCGAAGAAAUCUAGAGCAAGUAGGGCAAGUGUGGCAACAUUUCGUGGAGACGAGAAUGAUGUUGAGGAGCUUGAAAUGCUACUUGAGGCUUACUUCAUGCAAAUUGAUGGAACUUUGAACAAAUUGAAUACACUGCGCGAGUUUAUUGAUGAUACAGAAGAUUACAUUAAUAUUCAGCUUGACAAUCAUCGAAAUCAGCUGAUUCAGCUAGAGCUUCUUCUAACCUCUGCAGGUAUUUCUGUGUCACUUUGUUCAACGAUGGCUGGAAUAUUUGGAGCGAAUAUCCCAUUUACUUGGAACUCAAACCACGGUUACAUGUUUAAAUGGGUGGUAAUCGUCACUGUGGCAUUUUGUACCUGCAUUUUUAUACUUAUCAUUUCCUAUGCUCGCUACAAGGGUCUGGUUGGAUCUUGAAAUUUAUAAAUUGCAAAGAAGAUCCAGCAGCAGUGUUAUUUGCAGCCUAACCUGUUUCGGGUGCGAACAUAGAUAAUUAUAAACAGCUUUGUAGAGUCAUAUUUUACUCAUUUGAUCUUUUGAUUUGGAGUCCCUUGUUAAUUUGUUCUUUAUAUAUGAAGUUGGGUCAAUUAUAGUGUUCUUUAUUUUUGCACAAUCUUAGUAAUUAUGUGCUUUGUUAAAUACUUGUAAUGAAAUAAGCUGUUUCUAUCCAGAUAAAAUCCAAGUUUCCUUUUUGUUAUUUUUAGUACGGAUC